GAGCUGUACGUCACAAGAUGUUAUUGCAUCAGCUGUAAUAAUUUUGUUUCCUUUUAUCUUUUUUUUUGGAGUCGCACUGAAAUUUUUGAGCGACAAAUAAAAUCGAAGAGAAAUGAGUGACGAAUAUAGUUUUAGAUUUUAUCAUUUUAUUGUUACCUUUCUAUACUCGCGUUGACGUUAUAUCUUCCGGCGGGAAUCUCGAAAUAUUCAUGCUUUUUCCGUCAGAUCAGCCUAAAAAUGCGGCCGAGUAUACUAAAGAGCAGCUUGGAGAAUGCUUCUUUCAGCAUUAUAUUUCAGAUAUUCUGUCGCUGUGUCACGUUUCUUUUGAACGCAUUUGUUGUUCGGCAUGUAGGUCAAGCUGUUUUAGGUGUCAUUAAUGUGAGAUUAUUGUUACUGGAAUCUAUGAUAUUGUUCUUAUCACGAGAACCAUUCAUGAAAGCAUGUUUGACUAAUACAGUGGAGCAUAAUUGGGCCCAAGUUGUGAAUUUACUCUGGCUGACGGUACCCAUAUGUCUUGUAAUGUCUUUUUUAUUCGGAUACAUUUGGUUAUUUGUACUCUCUACGACAGAGGCAUUACCACCGUACUAUACAUUUGCAGUUUGGGCAGUCGGACUAUCAUGCAUCAUAGAACUGUCUUCUUUGAUUGUUCAAUUAGCCGCGAACGCAUUUCUAUUUGUUAGGCUUAAAAUAAUUCUAGACACAAUCAUGAUUGCUAUUCGCACUAUGACAUUUGUCUUACUAAUAUUAUAUUAUCCAGAGAAUGCAUUACUUGCAUUCGGUACAGCUCAGCUUGUUGCAGCAGUAUUUUAUACAACUAGUCACUAUGCAUAUUUUCACUAUUACAUCAAAAAGUUGAAUAAAUGCACACAGAAACGAAGAAUGUCUUUGAAAGACAGUACUGAUGAAUAUGUGGUAAGAGAGUUUCCCUUUCGCAAUGUGAAGGAUUUUUUACCUGGUCAGCUGGAAAAUAAUGAUUCAUAUCUUGAUAAAAAGUUAACUAUUCUUACAUGGAGCUUCUUUAGGCAAGGAAUACUGAAGCAAAUUCUGACAGAAGGCGAGAGAUUGAUCAUGACUAUAAUGCCAGUAUUGACAUUCACAGAACAGGGUACUUAUGAGAUUGUGAAUAAUUUGGGUUCGUUAGCUGCUAGAUUUAUUUUCCGUCCAAUCGAAGAAAGCGGAUAUUUUUAUUUCACGCAAAUAGUAAAGAGAGAUAAAUCAAUAUCCGAUCAAAAUCCAGCGGAUAUACAAGAGAGCGUGAAUGUGUUGACACAUUUGUGUUCAAUCGUUACAUCUAUUGGUCUGAUUGUUCUAGUAUUCGGUCAGUCCUAUUCGAGCACAUUGCUCUGGCUAUACGGUGGCUCGAAACUGACCUUACCCUUACCUGUUCUUCUGCUAAGAGCGCACUGUCUUGCUGUAUUACUGUUAGGAAUUAAUGGCGUGACGGAAUGUUACACUAACGCGACAGCUGACAGCGCGACUAUAAAUAAGAGUAAUGUUAUCAUGGUUUACGAAUCUAUCGCGUUCUUGGGCGCAUCGUAUUUGUUUGCCAUUUGGUUCGGUCCAGUCGGUUUUAUCUUUGGCAAUUGUGUAAAUAUGAGCCUAAGAAUCAUACAUUCGGCAAUGUUCAUCAAUAAAAGACAUCGGGACACAAUAUAUCGUCCUCUACGCGGAUUAGUACCAAAGCCCAUGUUUUCAGCGUCUCUACUCGUUGCGGCAUUCAUUACUAAUUUAUCACAAGCUUAUUUCUUUCCAACUGAUAAAAUAUUGCAUCUAUUGAUUGGAAUAACGAUGUUUAUGAUUGUACUUAUGUCGUGGAUGUACGAAAAUCAUGAAUUGCUUAAGCUCGCUACAAACAUGUGGUACAAAAGAAGAAGCAAACAGGGAAAGAGCGAUUAAAAGUCUUUAAAUCCUGUACAUUAUUUUAUUUAUGAUUUAUAUAUAUAUAUAAAUUAUACAAACUCGUAAUGCAGUAGAUUAAUUGCAUUGCACGAGUUUUUGUAAAUGUUAAAAAAUUAUAAUAAAGAAAUAUUUAUUUUAUAUAUAAUUAAUUACAAAUUCCU